AUGGCGUCAUUGGCAAAGGCCUUAGAAAUCACUCUCAAUCCGUUGCAUCGCCAGUUUACAAAGAUGGGUAAUUUUCGUACCCUGCAUACGGCAAACUGUGGAGCGCUCGACUCUUAUCUCCAAAAAGCAGAACAACCAAUGGACAAGAAGAACGAAAUGUGCCUGCAGGUGAAAAUCUCUGAUUUUGGUCUAACUCGUGAAGGUACAGUAUAUCAAAUGGAUCCCCACAAAAGGGUUCCUAUCAGAUGGCUUGCUCCUGAAACACUAAAGAUGGCUAUUUACACACAGAAGACUGAUGUAUUCAGUUUCGGUAUUAUGUGCUGGGAGAUAUACAACAAUGGAAUAGAACCGUACCCUGGAAUGACUGUAGCUGAAGUUAACCAGAAUGUGAAAGAAGGCUACCGUAUGGAGCUGCCACCUAAUGUGCAUCCUGAUAUCCAAGUUUAUGUGAAGGUACGAUGUUGGUCGGAAAACCCCAACGAUCGGUUCUCAAUGGCAGAACUUGCUAAGCACCUUCAGAGGACAUUGCAGAUACCUAGGCCGAAAUUUGUAGAAAACCCACACAACCGCUUUUAA